CAAGUACAAGGGAGGAGCGAAAACCCGCAUAUACUCGGCGCUCCGUGGAAUGAGUUUGACACGUGGAAUAAAUAUAUCGUUAACCGAAAUAGGGACCACACACACAGUGGGGCCAUAGUACCAGACCAGAACAUUUCCAUCCACUUCCAUUUGGGGGCAGAAUUGAGUUGUCACAAUAUUAUUUCAUGGCGAGGGAAGUAACCUAACAUUACUGUCAUUACUUACAUGCAUCAUUGUAUAAAUGUGUCUUUGUAGGCUAUUUUAUAGCUCACCGCUCAGCAGAGUAGUUUUUAUCUGGGAUUAUAAAUUGCAUUAGUAUUGUACGGCAAUAGUUAUAUCAUUUUAGCUUUGCAUUAUCAUUGUUUGCCAAAAAUGUAGGGUAGGCUAAUUAUACAACAGGCAAGUUAUCCACAUGUUAAAUGUAAUUGUAUUGAGGGGAAAAGCCUGUCAGCAUAACGGCCACACGCGAUCUAUUAUGUACUAUUUAAUAGGCUCUAGUUUGCAUGGACUGUGACAGUGUUGCCAUUCUCAUAAGAUUGCCAUUCUCAUGAGAUUUGCAUACGCAUAGUAACUAUUCAACCAACGUAGCACUGCGCUGGAACUCUGGAACUUGUUGCUGUCGCUGGGCGGGCCCUAAUGAUGUUGUACGCCUAGGCGGGGGGUGUAAUUCAAGUGAAGGAAAAUCGAGUCAAGGGAGUUACCUCAACGGCAAGCUUUUCGAGAUAUGAGAUCGGGCCAUAUUUCGUGUCCGUCUUUCUCUAAAUUAGAAAAAGAAGUGGAGAACGAUAUAAUUGAGAGUUACACAGCCAACAUUCUGCCUAUCUGCUGGUGGACAAAUGUAACCCCCCCCCCCCGUGCAUGCACAAUUUCUCUGUGUUUACAAGUGAUUGAAACCGUGCCAGCGAAGAGGGAAAAGGAUAACCUAGGAAGGAGGGAUGGUGGACAAUUCUGGUAGCAGCAAGGCACAAAUGCCCAGUAUGUCACAGGAGAGUGGUCUGGGGGGUGUCUAUCCUCAGGGAGGCAUGGCAGGAGGAAUGAAGCUGGAGGCCGUCAUGGAGCAGCUGCAGCGCCAGCAGCAGGCCAGGCUGGAGAUGGAGCGCAAGGAGAGGAGGCUCCGCGAGGCCCACAUCAUGUACGCCCAGCAGGUAGCAGCACAGCAGGCCAUCCUGGCUGCGGCCCGGGCCUCUGGAGCUGGCUUCAUGGGCAAGGCCCUGGGUGGAGGUGCAGGGAUACCAAGAGGAGGCCCGUUGUCCCGGGUCUUCAACCAGAGCAGUGUGGACUCGGAGAGGGAGGACGAGGACAGAGGCCGGGAUUCAGGGGAUGAAGAUGACGAUGAGGAGAUGAUGGAUGGAGAUGAGGGGAGCGAGGAGGAAGAGGGAGGGGCUAGUGGUCUUGAGUACCUCCGCAAGCAGACACUGGCUCUACAACAGGGUGCCUCCCGCCUCCCAGCGCAUCCCUUUGGCAGUUACUCUACCUCGGGCCCCCAGCAGGCCCCAUUGCCACCCGUCAGGGUGAAGCAGGAGCCUGACGAGAGCCGCUCUCCUGCAGGGCCCCACUCUGCCACCUCCCCCAAUGGGCAGGCCGAAUGGAAUAGCUUUGACGAUCAAUUCAAACAGAAUGGGAGUGCUGCUUGGGCAGAUGAGAAUGACAGUGGAAGAGGAGGAAGAGGAGAGGCCUCCAGAGACUUUGCUAAGCUGUAUGAACUUGACAGUGACCCCAACAGAAAAGAAUUCCUGGAUGACCUGUUCACCUACAUGCAGAAAAGAGGGACCCCAGUGAACCGCAUCCCCAUUAUGGCCAAGCAGGUGCUGGACCUGUACAUGCUCUACAAGCUGGUGACAGAGAAGGGAGGCCUGGUGGAGGUCAUCAACAAGAAGAUCUGGAGAGAGAUCACCAAGGGCCUCAGCCUGCCCACCUCUAUCACCUCUGCUGCCUUCACCCUCCGCACACAGUACAUGAAGUACCUGUAUCCCUUUGAGUGUGAGAGGAAAGGUCUGAGUUCUCCAGGCGAGCUUCAGGCGGCCAUCGACAGUAACCGCCGGGAGGGACGUCGCCCCAGCUACAGCAGCAGCCUCUUCCGCUUCUCCCCAAGCACAGCCCCUCACAUCCUCUCCCCUCCCAAGAUGCACCUGUCUGCACUGGGGGCCGCUGGGAGCCUCAACGGCCUGCUGGCCUCACCCGUCCACUCUCUCAAAAAAGAAGAAAUCACCCCCUCCAUGAUGGCAGCGGCUCGUGGUUCCUCCAUGUCUCUGGCACUGGGGGCAGGUGGCAGGGCUGGCCGGGCUGCCACUCUGGAGCAGCUGAGGGAGAAGCUGGAGACUGGCGAGGGCCCAGAGAGGAAGAUGGCACGCCUGGCAGAGGAGCAGCAACGUUUGAUGCAGCAGGCAUUCCAACACAACCUGCUUGCCAUGGCCUCCCAGGUCCCCAUGAACCUGCGCCUGGGCUCCACCGCCACCGCUAGAGAUGAGAAGCAGCAGGACAUGGCUCUGAGCAUCUCCACCAAUGGAUCUGCUAGCAUUAGUGUGUCUGUGGAGGUCAACGGCACACUCUAUUCAGGAAACCUGUUUGCACAGAAGUCAGGUGCCCCAGCGACUAGCGUGUCCACUGUGGCCCCAGUGCCCCCUGCUGGACCCAGCGCUGGGUUUGGGUUCGCCACCUCUGCCCACAGCCACAGUCCCAGCUCCUCCUCCUCUUCCAAGGGGCCUUGCUCGGCCGAGCCCUCCACCAGUGGUUCACCUUAGCUCAGGCCGCCCUACCACCCACUCUCCAGGCUUUUCCUCAACACUGAGGCCUAGCAUGAAUACAGUACAUUGAUAAAUCGCUAAGAAAAAAAAAUACUGUUGCACAACAAAUACCUCAUCGCUCCUGUCAGCCUUGGCUACCCAUUUAUAAAUACACAAUUCACACACCCAAUUACAUCUCAAGAUAACAUGCACCCACACACACACACACACACACAUAUGCAUUUUACACACUCAACACACAUGUACACAUACACACAUGCAUUUCACACACACCCAACACACAGACACUCUUAUCCCAAAUACAUGCUAAACACAAUCAAAGCUCUCAGCCAAAACCCACUGACAGGUGUUCACAACUGAACUUGAAGAGUUUUAUUUUAUGAUUUUGUUUGUUGCUAUUUUGUUGUCUUUUUUUAUUUAGUUUUUUCGAAUUAUUAUUAUGAACAUUAUUUUUUUAGUUCUCUUUUUACAUACUGCAAAUCAAGUAACCUGCAGUGGUAUCUUUACCUCAGGAGCUGUAGUAUACUUCACCUGAAUUGACUUUAUUUUUGUAUUCUUUUUGAUCUUGUUGAAAUCAGGGGGAAUUUUUGGGGAAUUUCACAACGGAACCUCACUCACCUCAGCACACCUCCUACACAUUCAUACAGUAACCCUAUCACAACACUCGAGUUGCCAUGACGAUGGGCCCUAGCCUUUUUACGUCUGAAAACGCUACUUUAUUGAUCCUACAGAUCGCCAUGUAAUACCUCAUAGGCAGUAGUCACUCCCACAAUCAAUACCAGGGAGUCACCCACUCAUUCAGCCUAUUGGAAUGAUGUACUUAAUCUUCAAUCUAACUCAAGAUACAGAUGGCCCUUGUGUCUAAAGGGCUUUGAGGAUCACCAUUAGCUUUGGACAUUUGAUCACACACAGUAUGAUGUUUAUAAGAACCAACUGAUCCGCCGAUCUGUUUAGGACUAGCAAGCCCCAAGCUCAGCUCACCACCCCACAUCUAUCUAUCUAAUAAUCAGAAAGGUAGUGAAGGUGUUCCAGUCCCUGCUCUGGGAUCAAUGUGUGUCCCUUGUUCAAUUCAACAGAGAGGAGAGCCAAAUCACCAAUCAAGGGUUUUCCUCGAACACUGGCAGACCAGACCUGAAGUGUUUUAACCACAUACCUUUUCAAACCUCAUAUUCGCCUCUCCGUUUGGGAGAGGGACCUUUCUCAGGAAGCAUCGUGACGUCUCUUAUUAUGGACUCGCUUUGUCAUUUAAAAAAGGAUCCCACCGAAAGAAUGCACAAGUCUAACAGACUUUCUUCAAAGAAUACCUCAGACUCUCUAGAAGGAGACGUACACUACAUACCUCAUUGCUGCAAAGCCAGUGUGACUUGACCUCGUGGUUUGAACCCCUGCAAUGGGCAACGGUCCACAGGAGUGGACUCCUCCUGAAUGGUGGACUACAUAUGUAGAGACUUGACUGCUGGGUUUUCUUGGGGACACAUUAUUAUACGAAGCUGAACUGGGAUGGGCUUGCUCUCCUCCUGUUUUCGCUGUAUUUGUUUGGGGUUUGUCUGUUUCAUUUCCUUCGUACUGCAUUUUAUGGGACAAAAUCUAUUUGAGAGUAUUGCUCUGCAUGUGUACAAUCAGGUGGCCAGUAUUUUACACCGUAAUCCUCUGGUGUGUGGUAGCCUCUGGUCAUUGCACAGCUGAAUACCAAAGACUAGCCCUGUCCUCUACCCUGGUCCUUAUCACCCUGUCCUCUACCCUGGUCCUUAUCACCCUGUCCUCUACCCUGGUCCUUAUCACCCUGUCCUCUACCCUGGUCCUUAUCACCCUGUCCUCUACCCUGGUCCUUAUCACCCUGUCCCCUGCCCCCUGCCCAGGCUUUUGUAGGCUAGCUGAAUAGGCUAGCUGAGCCACUAGGUAGGAUACAGUGGGGUAAAGAUUGGGUUCCAUGCUAGCCCAUCUUCUAUAGUCCCUGCUGUUAAAGUUGUCAGCUCUGGUCAUGUUGCUUUCCUUAGCUUCUUAAUCAGACCUUUACCUGUGAUUGAGUCUUGGGCCUGGUAUGGUUCUGCCUGGCAUGGCACCCAUCACCUGACAUAUACCAGGGAUAUACCUCAGUGAGUUUUGCUGCAGUGCACAGUGCAUGACACACAAGGCCCUUUUGGCCUAACCUCUACAUUGAAUAAGACGGAGAAAGGGUAGAUGUUAUGCCAACUGGUUUCUCUGUCUCAAUUCAAAGUUCAGGCCUCCCAAAUUCCUCCGACACAUCCACUGUUACAGUAUUUCCAUUCUCAAACUGUCGAGGUAAUUUCUCUGCAUUUUGAAUAGAACGUGAUUUGAAUGAAAUGAAUUUCAAGCAUUGUCUGUGUUGAAUGUGAGGCGUUUAACUGUUUCUAAAUCUUUUACCCCUGAUCUCCUGUAAUCUCUGAGGUGGGCAGCCUUGUUGCUUUUAGUAAGCUGUGUUGUAGCUGUUAUUUGUUGACUUUUGUGGACCUUUUGCUGUGCAGACCCCCGGCCAGGAUUACAAGACCACCACAACAUAUAUACAAUGACUAAAGAGACACCUGCAAUCCCUCGUGAUGAGAUAUUAUGUCCACAUUUAAUGAAGGUGAAAGAUGUAGUUGCUGCCUUAAAAUCAGCUGUGAGAGAUCAGUGAACCUUUCAGGAGCUCUCUGCUAGGAAUGACUGUUUUAUCUUCAAGCUGAAUCCUUUGAAGAGUAAACUAUUUCCAAUAUCUUUUUGAAUUCAAUCAGACAUUAAGGCAUUCAUCAUUCAUGUUAUUGGUUUCAAAACCAAGGUAUACUAUUUAUUUGUGUUGAUUUCUUCUGAUGGACUGAGUUAGCUUGAUCACUUAGGUGGUGUCACUAAAACUCUUUAGUUUCUCUCGUUUUAGAAACGGACAUUUCUGUUUUAUCCAAUCAGUCUAGUCAAUGACUGUCUGACAGUGUAGCCUUACAGCCUUUGCAUGAGAGAGGGAGUGUGUAUGAGUGUGAGAGCAAGUUCAGCGUAUGCUAGAGGAGCGUGUGUGCUAGGGGAGGGUGUGUAACAACCAUGUAAUGCCAUAGAGAAGACUGCAGGUGGUGCUGUUCUCUAAGACCACCACACCAUGACAAGGGUGGGCAACAGGUUAGAACCACAUUCACUGGGAAUUCAGUUUACAGCUCAGGCUUAUGUGGGUUACAAUUGUUGAUGUGUAGACUUGUGUGUGUGUGUGUGUGUGUGUGUGUGUGUGUGUGAGAGAGCUCUUGAAGGCCCCCUACCUCUUACCUCAGGGCAUUGGGCUGCAGUCAUUGUUGCAUUUGAUCUACAAGUUAUGCAAUUGGCAUGUAUACUGAGGGACACAUCCAAAUGCAAACCUUGGACAACCCAAAAGCUGUCUCUAGUGACUUGCUAAAAUGCUAUUUUAGACUGGUUCGAUUUUUGUCUUCAGUUACGGGCAAGGUCACAUCACUCAGGAAACUGUGAAGUUGAAAGUCUGCAGAACCUUGUCCCUGGAUGGUUUGGAUUUUAUUAGAUUUUUAAUUGUUUAAAUCUAACCUGAUCUGUGUAAUACAAGUGCAUAUGAAAGUGGUUGUUGAAUACCUCAUUUAUCAAUUUGUUGUUUUUGGCUUGUACAAUGCUCCGUAUAUAAAUCUGUGGGGUUUGUGCAUAUUUUUGUACUGUUAUUAUGGACAUGAUAAUGAUAUUACUGAUAUUAUAGUUCUCUUUUGAUUAAAACAAAAUUGGGGGAAAAACAUGAGAAUGCUUGUAAAACUGGUUUGUGCUGAUUGUAUUUAAAAGAGGAGCACUUUUCCAAAGUGAUUUUGACACAUUCAGUUUUGUUCACAUUAGUAAUAUAAAGAUAUGGUUCUCAGGGCUUUAAACUUGUGUGUCAUGAUAAAGUUUUACUUUAUAUCUUA